GGAGAAGAGGUGGCGACAUGCGUGUGUGCGUGUGUGUGUGUGUGUGUGUGUGAGUUCGUGCGCGCGUGUUCUCUCCCCUCUGAGUCCCUCCUCUCUCUCCCCUCGGUAGUCGCUCUCUUCCCCUCGUUCGCCGCACCGCUGGAAUGACGUUUGCUGCAGCCACGCCGCACGUUUGAAGGGACUGGAAAGGGUUCGAGGCGGGGACCGUGGGGCGUUGCCUGCUCCUCCCUGGCCUUCUUCAGGAGCGCUACUCGAAGGAUACGAACUCUGGGGGGACUCUGAGGAAGGGGAUAAGUGUGUGGGUUUCUCUCGGGCGUGUUUUUUGGAAGAUGGAAAUAGAGGAGUGCGAAUAGAAAACAGUAAUUCUUUUUGCAAGACCGUUGAACACGCUAACGACUCAAAAUGAGUGACCUUAAUGUUAGAUAUUCAUGUCUGUGAUAUAGUGUGGAAUAAGGAUUAAAUUCCGUGGAAGAUUAUUUUUUAUUUGAUGUUUCUGACUGAUGUAAACAACACCAUGAGGAGGAAGCACCACCUUUGAGCGAAAUGUCGAUACGAAUCCGCCGAGAUGGAAGGGUCGAGGGAAUCGCGUCCUCCAGCGUAUGAAUAGCAGCGAAGCGCCGGGAAAUCGAGUCGACAGCUGCGAGCAGCGGAGGCGAGCGGGCGCCGUCCUCUCGCGUGGCGCCAGGGAGCAGCAGCGCCAGCGGCGACGGCGGCACCAUGAAUCGGCGGUCGCGCUUCGAGCAGCUGGCCGAGUGCGUCCCCAGUUUCUUCUUGGCGUCGGACCCGGGGCCGUCAUGGCGCCACAGCAGCCCCGUCACCAACCCCACCACCACGCUCACGGCCACCGCCACGCGCGCGGCCUGCUCCACCACCGCCGCCACCACCACCACUACCUCCACCUACGUGGCCAUCGCCUCCACCUCCUCCGCGUCCACCUACGUGGCCGUCGCCUCCACCUCGCAGGGCUACGCCAGCGCCUCCACCUCCCUCAACUGCCCGACGCCCAGCAGCUCCCGCGCCUACCUCGCGCCCUCGCCGUCGGCCUCCGCCUGCAGGCUGCAGCUCAGCCCGGCGUCCUCCAAGGGCUACGGCACCAUCGCGAGGGCGCGGGGCCUCCUCAGCCCGACGCCCACCUUCGUCACGGCGACGCCCUCCGACGCUAGCUUCCAGCAUGUCCGGUUCACGACGCACAGGUACAGCCCAGUAGACGCUGCCGUCGCUUCCGCUUGCUCACGGUCGUUUAGUCGCCGCGCCGCCUCAGCCGCCCAGCUUGCCCGCGGUCUGCUCCGAAGCACAAUAAAGAGGCAAAGAUUUGAUGCUUUUGUAGUCUUGUGUGAUAUUGCUUUCAUGGAAGCGAUUGAACUCCUUGCGAGAGAAGAAUAA